AUGAAGUUUUCAACAGUUCUAUCCGGUCUAGUUACAGCUUGCUCUUUCACCAACGCCUUUUACGCCUCAGGUUUUACCAACGGGACAACCACCACUUUGAUUCCCAGCUCCGAUAACAACGCUGCGUCCACCGAGCUAACGACUAACACUUAUGACUCCACCUCUACGAUCACGUUGAUGACCACAGUCACUGUGAGUGGAAGCUCUUCCGCAAGUUCCGGAUCCAUCUCAUUGCCCAACAUUGACGGCAAGCUAGUCUCCGGCGCCUCUUCUGACCAAUGGUCCUACACUACGUCCACCUCUUACGUGACCGAAACGUACACCGCAUCUGGUACAUCUUUGGCCACAACAGUGAGUGCUGUUGAAAUGCGUAUCGCCAUUGGCACUUCCUCUCCCGCUUCCUGUGUCCCUGAAACUGUCACAGUCACCGAAUACCAGACUACGCAAUAUGUGACCGUUACUGCAGGCAGCGACUACCCUACAGCCUUAACCAGUUCUGUUCGUUACUCAAAUUCCACUGCUACUAACUAG